CGUUGCAGGGCGCCCACGGCCCUGAGUGGGGGACAGUCGCCCUAGGCACCCUCUCUUUUCGGCCCUGAGGUACCCGGCCUGGUGGCCCAGGACGUUCCCGUCGCAUGGCGGAGUGCUGCGGACGAUGCCCAUGAAGUUCUUAGUCCUUCUAGUCGCGCUGUUGCUAUGGCCUUCGUUCGUGCCGGCCAUUCCGAGCAUAACCGUGACGCCUGACGAAGAACAAAACUUAAAUCAUUAUGUAGAAGUUUUACAGAACCUAAUACUAAGUGUUCCUACUAGGGAGCCAGGUCGUGAGAAAAAAUCAAAGUCUCCAAAUAAUGUUCAUUCUAUAGGACCGAAGGUAUCAAGAUUAAAGGAGAUAAUCACACAUGGAGACGUUUCAACUGAAAAUGAUGUUUUAAUCAAUCCUCUUGGUGAAGAAACCACAGCUUCCCCAACUGGAGGCUUCACACUGGAAGUACAGAAGAAAAAACCUACCGAAAGCACAGCAUUCUGGUCGAUUAAACCAAAUAAUGUUUCUAUUGUUUUACACACAGAUGAACCUUAUAUUGUAAAAGAGCCAGAGCCAGAGCCAGAGCCAGAACCAGAAAUAUCACAAACAAAUCCAUGGCUAAACUUUACUGAGACAUCCCCAAGCCCAGAGGUCACCUCAGGCCAACUGUCCAUCACUUCUUUAAGUAGAAACACUGACAUGAAUACCGUCACAGAGCUAGAAGAUGUUCCUCAGCUCUCAGGCGAAUAUGAAAUGGGAACACCUGACACAGUAACAUUUGAAAAACACCCACAGAUUCUGAAUAAUGAAGACAUUUUGAAAAAAAUUUCAGAUAUUCAUUCACAGGUACAACGGGUACCUCUUGCUGAAAGCCUCAAGCCAGAAUACAGAGAGGACAUUCGAGCCUCUAGAGAGCACCUAAAACGGAGCCUUGCUUUAGCAGAAGCAGCAGAACAUAAACUACAAAAGAUGUAUAAAUCCCAGCUAUUACCACUAGCACGAAGCAGUAGUGGAAUUGAUGACAUUGAAACUGUUAUUAACAUGCUGUACAAUUCCAGAUCUAAAUUAGCUGAAUAUUUAGAUAUUAGAUAUGUUCCACCAGAGAUGAGACAGAAAGCUACUACAGUAUUCAAUACAUUGAAAAAAAUAUUAUGUGUAAGUCAACAAGAAACUCAAAAUCUUAUUAGGAAGUUAUUAAACAAUAAUAUAAAAAUUUUAAACCUACUUGAUGUUCCAUGACAAAGUUGAUUUAAGCAAACUGUGCAUUCAUUUCACUGGAGAAAUAAACAUUAGUGAUUCACCAGUUGUAUGAAAAUAUUUUCUAUUCAAUGUGCUAACAUCUUUAUUUGUCAUGUUAUAAAAAACUUUCAUAUGCACAAAAGCCUAAUAAUUUAAAAUAAAAUUUUGGUUCAGGAGUUUGUAGUUUUUUUCUCAUUAAUUAAAAGUUAUGAAGAUCUAACCUUUAAAAUGUUUAAGCUUUGAUUUUACUUGAAUAGAUUAGUUAAGUUCACCCAUUUUAUAAAAGUUAAGAGACUGUGCAAUCUGUAUGUAGCCUGUUUUAAAUAAUUGAAUAUAAAUGUAAAAUUUUAGUAUAUAUGGUCUUUAUUACUGUUUCAGAGAAUCUGAGUUUUCUGUCUGAAUAGAGAAGUUGGAACUUGAA